AUUAUGGUAUUGUUUCACAUAAUUAUUGGUUAUCAGUUUUCUGAAAUAUUAUGGCAUAUUUUAGAUCUACGACCGUUUAUUAUAUAAUAUGGUUCCUCUCUUACAGAUGGGGGAAGUUCAAUUCUAGAUGCUAGUAUACUAGCUCAUGUGGAUCUAACUAGCAGAUGGUCAUUUAUUUUAAGCAACGGGUUAAGCGAGGCCUCCGUCAAUACCUUGCUCAAAAAAUAUCCCCCUCCUGAAAACUGCCCACUUUUAAAAUGCCCCCGUAUAAAUCCAGAAGUUGCCUCAGCGAUUAAUGAACAAGUAGCUCGUAGAGACUCAAACCUCAAUGGGCUUCAGAACCAAAUAGGAGCUGCACUGUCAGCAUUGGGUCAACUAGCAUCAGCAGUUGUGUCUGAAGAAGGGGGGGGGAACCUGGCUUAUGUUGAAUUAGCUAGUGAUGCUAGUAGAUUACUUUUAGAUUUUUAUCACAAAUACUCGGUAAUCCGUAGAGAUUUAUUGAUACUGAAUUUACGGAAAGAUCUCAAAGAAACUCUGACUAAUGUGUCUGCUGACGGAUGGUUGUUCGGCAAGGAUCUCGGUGAGCGAAUAAAAGCUACCAAGGAUAUUGAAAAAUCUGGUUUGGACCUGAAACCUACUAGAGUAUCUAGACCUAGUACCUCAUUUAAACAACCUGCCAAACAGGUUCCGGAAAACUUUUACCGUCCACCUCGUCGAACACAAAGGGGAAACAUUCGAGGUGGGCGGCCGAUAAAGAUCCCAAAUCCCUCUCAGUCGUUCCAAAAAAGGCCUCAUCAAACACAGAGAAGAACCUCGGACCAGGAUCGUCGUCGCCGACAGGAUGUACGUCAAUACCACAAACAGAAUCGAUAGAUCAGAGCGAGAUAAAGGAUAACAGAUUUAGCGAAGCGAUAAAGAUACUUCAUGGCAUCUCUGAAUCGAGUAGCACUAGGGCAGGACUUAGCCUAUUGGCCUACUGUUAUUUUUACAUUCAGGACUUUGCGAAUGCUGCCAGUUACUAUGAACAACUCACUCAGAUGUAUCCUGAAGAUAAUGAUUACAAGUUGUACCAUAUUCAAUCACUGUACCAAGCUUGUAUGUAUGAAGAAGCCUAUCAGGCAUGCAACAAACUAGCAGAGGAACCCGAUUACAAAGAACGAGUGACGAAACUGCAAGCGGCGAUCAAAUACAGUCAAGAAGACGUCCUUUCAGCGAAAAAUUUGGUGAACGCUUGCUCAUCCAGCGACCCUGACAGGGACGUGAACUUGGGAUGCCUUCUCUAUAAGGAUGGGAACUAUGAAGAGGCUUUGGAAAAAUUCACCAGCGCUUUGCAGAAUCAAGGUUUUAAACCUUAUCUUGCUUACAACGCCGCACUCUGUUAUUAUAGAAUGAAAGAAUAUGGACCUUCACUGAAGUACUGUGCUGACAUAAUCGAAAAAGGUAUAAGAGAUCACCCAGAACUGAGCAUUGGAAUGCAGACUGAAGGUAUAGAAGUAAGAUCUGUGGGGAAUACUUUAACUUUGCACGAAACAUCACUAACAGAAGCUUUCAAUUUAAAAGCGGCCAUUGAGUAUCAACUGAAAAACAUGGACGCGGCAAGGGAAGCCCUAACUGACAUGCCGCCAAGAGCCGAAUACGAACUGGACGCAGUAACUUUACACAAUCAGGCAUUGAUGAAUUUUGAACAUCAACCCUCCGAAGGCUUUGAGAAGUUGCAAUUUUUGUUGCAACAAAAUCCUUUUCCUCCAGAAACAUUCGCGAAUAUAUUGCUGCUGUAUUGCCGACACGAUUUUCAUGAUCUAGCUGCCGAGAUAUUGGCGGAAAAUGCUCAUCUCACUUAUAAAUACUUAACACCUUAUUUGUAUGACUUUUUGGACGCGAUCAUAACACAACAAACUUCACCAAAUGAUGCCUACCAGAAAUUGGACGAACUCGCAAGUCGUCAUACUGAACAACUGAGAAAGCUCACUAAGCAGGUACAAGAACAUCGAAACAGAAAUGAUACUGAAUUGGUCAAGAAGACCGUUAUAGAAUAUGAAGAAUGUCUAGAAAGGUACGUUCCGGUACUUAUGGCACAAGCAAAGAUAUACUGGAACUUGAGAAAUUACGCACAAGUCGAGAAGAUUUUUAGGAAAAGUGUGGAAUUUUGUAAUGACAACGAUAUUUGGAGAUUGAACGUAGCUCAUGUGUUAUUUAUGCAAGAGAACAAGUUCAAAGAGGCCACUGGUUUUUAUGAACCGUUGGUUAGAAAAAGCUACUCAGAUAUCCUGAAUGUUAAUCCAAUAAUUUUGGCGAAUCUAUGCGUGUCCUAUAUCAUGACGUCACAGAACGAAGAAGCAGAAGAACUGAUGAGAAAAAUAGAGAAGGAAGAAGACCAAAUCGCAUUCGAAGAACCUGACAAGAAGUAUUUCCAUCACUGCAUUGUCAACCUCGUUAUAGGGACUUUGUAUUGUUCAAAGGGCAACUACGAAUUUGGUAUAUCGCGCAUAAUGAAAUCUUUGGAGCCCUAUAAUAAAAAACUUGGGACUGACACGUGGUUCUACACAAAACGGUGCUUUUUGAGUCUCAUUGAAAACAUGACCAAACAUAUGAUUGUCAUGAAAGAUGCGGUAAUACAGGAAUGCAUACAGUUCUUAGAAAACUGUGAAUUGCAUGGAAAGACAGUCAAAACAGUUGCAAAUGCAUCCUUCUUUGAGGAUACUGAUACACCGGAUGGUAAGGAAACUGUAACAUAUGAGACAAGGAAGUUGAAGUGUAUACUUUUGAAGUUGCUAAAUUUUGAAAAUCAACUGUUGCAAUAGAAAGCAUUAAAUAAAAAACAAGUUCAUAUUACUAAAAAAUUGUAUUAUGUUACAUAUACAAUAUAUUUUUUUCAAUCUAAA